AUAUUCUUCACCAAUCACCAGAAUUGGUGCAUAGGUUUUAUCGAGACACAAGUUUUCUAAGCAGGCCAGAUGUGAAUGGAAAUAUGACAACAGUGACAACAAUGAAAGCAAUCAAGGAGAAGAUUCUGUCACUGAAUUAUGAAGACCAUAUGGCAGAGAUUGAAACUGCAGAUGCACAGGAUUCGUAUGAGAAAGGGGUGAUUGUAUUGGUAACUAGGUGUUUAAUUGCUAAGGAUAAUGUGAGAAAGAAUUUCACACAAACAUUCUUUCUGGCUCCACAAGACAACAGCUACUUUAUCUUCAGCGAUGUUUUUAGAUAUAUUGGAGACGGUAAGAGCAAGAUUAAUUCUGUGCCAGCUAAUGGCAUCAAUGAAAAUACCUCACCAUCUGCCUUGGCACCUGAACUAGGUUUGGGAUCAUGAUGUAUUAUUCAACUCUAUAAUUUGCUUUAGAUACAAAACUUAAGCAUUUUUGCAGUGCAGGGACAGUAUUGAGUUUUAUUUUCUGUACAAUGAGUCUUUUUUUUUUGGGUUAAUAUGAUUCUAUUUGUGGAUGAAGGCUACUUGCAUUAUUACCUUUAUACUGAAUUAAAGGCUCAAAAUGAUAAAAGGGAAUUCAAUGAUUUUUGAAGGAAUCCUUUAAGAGAAAGUGAUAUGUGAGUAAUUUUUUAUUAUUUAUUAUUUUUAUUUUUUCACAAUUUGUGAGUUCUAAAAUGGUUGUAUUGUAUUGUAUUUCUGGGCUAAUUUUGGAUUCAGAAGGGUAUACAACUCUUUAAUGUUAUCAUCUAUUUCUGGUUAUCGGGAUAUUUUAUUUUCACUUUGUUUAUCACAUUUCAGUGAAAAUGGCCACGAAUGAUGACUGUAUUGUUUGUGCUGACACCCUCAAGUGGGUUGCCUAUGGGGCUUGUGGCCAUAAGGAGGUCUGCUCUACCUGUGUCAUUCAUCUUCGACUUGUUUGUGAAGAUCGCAGAUGCUGCCUCUGCAAAUGUGAAUCAAAUAUCAUCUUUGUU